UUUUUUCGCAGGAAAUUCCAAAGAGAUGGGAUGUUGGGGAAAACUGGUGAUCCUCUUCUUCAUUUCUUUGGGACUCACGGAUGGGAUCCACAGCAACAACUGGGCGAUUCUUGUCGACACUUCGCGGUUCUGGUUCAAUUAUCGUCACGUGGCCAAUGUCCUGAGUGUGUAUCGCAGUGUGAAACGACUCGGGAUCCCGGACAGUAGGAUCAUUCUCAUGAUCGCCGACGAUAUGGCGUGCAACCCGCGGAACCCGAGCCCGGCCACCGUUUACAACAAUGCCAUGAAGCACAUCAAUGUGUAUGGCGAUGACGUGGAAGUGGAUUACCGGGGCUACGAGGUGACCGUGGAGCACUUCUCGAGGUUGUUGACUGGACGAUUGCCGGAGUCGACGCCGAGGUCCAAGAGACUGUUGAGCGAUGAAACUUCGAAUGUGUUGGUGUAUAUGACUGGUCACGGUGGGGACGGGUUCAUCAAGUUUCAGGAUGCGGAGGAGAUCACGAGUGUGGAGCUUGCGGAUGCCUUUGAGCAAAUGUGGCGGAAAAAGAGGUACCGACAACUUUUAUUCAUCGUUGACACUUGCCAAGCAGCCAGUUUGUAUGCCAAAAUCCGUGCGCCAAAUAUCCUUGCCAUUGGAUCCUCGCUCGUUGGAGAAGACUCUUUGUCGCAUCACGUUGACCCCGACAUUGGCGUGUACAUUAUUGACAGGUACACGUAUUACUUGUUGGAAUUCCUGGAGGGACUAGGGCCGGGUUCCAACCAGAGUUUGGCGGAUUUGCUGAAGGUGUGUCCUCCGAGGGACUGCAUUUCGACUGUCGGGGUCCGAACUGAUCUCUAUCCCGGUGACUUGUCCCGAACGAAGGUGACCGAGUUUUUUGGAUCCGAACGGAGGAUCGAGUUCACUGCUGAAACUGUGGAUUUACCGGAUAUUUGACUUGAAAAUUGUAGUUUUUUUUUUGAGCGCGUCACCUGGUUAUACAGGUGGAUGUUUUUUUAUAAAUCUAUUGGUGGCAUUGAUAAACGUUGUGAUCAUUGAA